CCGUAACCCUUUUCAGUCAAAUUUGAAGGAUCUUUCCGCAAGACACUUCUUGAUUUCUCUCUACGCUCGAGGCGUCCCUUACCCUAAUGACGACUGCUGCAGCUCCCAAAAUUGAAAACCCUACGAACCCUGCAGAUCUCAAUUCGGUGCCCCCGGCCACCGAAGAUGACUCGUCGAAUUUGCCGCCGCAAUCUUCCGACGGAGGCGGCGAGGAAUCGAAGGUAAAGCCUGCGGCCGCGGCUGUAGGUGAGAAGGAUGUCAAUGGUGGUGCCGCGGCCACGGAUAUUCAGAAGAAGAUGAAGCGUGCGGAGCGGUUUGGGAUGCCGGUGCAUUUGUCGGAGGAGGAGAAGCGCAAUUCUCGAGCGGAAAGGUUUGGCACUGGUUCAACUGAAGGGUCUGAUCCAUCAAAGCAAUCCGAGGAGCUGAAGAAGAAGGCUAGAGCUGAGAGGUUUGGGAUUGUGCAAUCCGCACCUAGUGAUGAGGAAGCCAAAAAGAAGGCUAGACUUGCUAGAUUUGGUUCCUCACCUGUGACUGAUUCAGCAGAGGAAGCCAAGAAGAAAGCGAGGGCACUCAGGUUUGGACAAAUCGAUUCUGUCUCAAAGGCAAAUGGAAAAGGGGAUAUUGAAGUGAAAACAAGCAUUGCAGGCAAGGCUGGUGAAGGAACCUAAAUAAUCUCGCUCCUAUUUAAUCAACAAAGGGCAGGUAAGAGAGGUUGCUUAUAGUUUUGACCACCUUCCCCUUCAUGGUUUCAUGAAAGUCCGUCCUUUUAUGUAGACUUUUGACGCGGUGAACGACAUUUGUAGUUUACUUUUCAUUUUUGAACUUGGUUAGAUGCGGGUUUCCUGGUGAGCUUUACAGCAAUUAACAAGCAUCUCCUUUGUGUUAAUACAUUUUAAAUGGCCAUAACCUGUAUAAAAGUUACUGAAUGCAUGGUGUGCUUAGCGUUUCGAUUCAUGUUUUCUAUAUAUAAUGUAGGCUUGCGUGAACUUACCAUUUGGCCUGACUUUUCUGUAGCUGUAGUUUUAAAUUUAAGUUUAAUUUUCUAGUAUAGGAUUAUCAUCAUUUGCUUAACUUCAACUCAUGGAUUCGUGCACAAAACUUCUUGGCUAGGGCGAUCACUGAUGGUAGAAGUGUUUUUACAUUUUUACGACUGCUCCUUUUCAACUCAUGCACUAAUUUUAUUACUUAUUGCACCCACCCUAGUAAUUUAGAAAGGAUUGUUAGCUUAAUUUUUUUUUUGUGUUUUUUUUUUUUUUUUUUUAUCCGGUCUCUUGGAAGCACAUUUCUAAUCAAAAUUGAAAAGUGAUCGAAUUUCUGGCCAGAUAAAAGGGGCUUGUGUUUUCCUGCUGAUGGUAAGGAAUUCUCCUAUGUGCAUCUGGACUUGCGUAGUUAUUAUUUUAAGGUAGGACUAAAUGGCAAAGGGUAAUUGUUACCUUAGUAUGUUUUGAUAUUUUCUUAGUAGUUUGAUCUCAGUCUGUCCGGCUUUCGAUUUUCGGCCAUUGAUAGUGAAUUGAUGCUUUGGAGGUGAUUGCUAAUUGCUUAAGAGUACCACCAGGUGAAUCUGCCAGGAUUUAGGACUUACUUAAAUCGGUUGUGUAUUAAAGACAGCAUAUGCUUCAGACAUCUUUGGUAUUGUGUCGACAUGCUUGUAUGUCGAAAACUAUUGUUUUGGUUAAGAAUUUUUCUAUAUGUAAUGAUUAUUGUGUUUUUACA